AAAGACCAGGCGGCUGUCACAAAAACACGUGCUUAUUCGAUUAUUUGUUUUGCUCUCUAUUUUCGCUAUGUUAUGUUUUGCGCUAUUUUCUAUUAAAUUUUCACAAUAAGCGUAUAGAUUUUCCAUUUUCAGUUAAAAUAAUUGAGAUACAAUGAAAAUCAGACCGCAGAAACAUGUCCGCCAAGGUUUCUCAGGCAAAUCGAAACUUCAGCGCCGGUCGAAUCAGCCGAAAACCCGGAAGGAAAUUCGCAAGGAAAAACGACAACAGAAAAAGAUCAACAGAUUCAACUACCAUAGCCGCAAACGAACCGAUCGCUACCCGCAGGAAGAUAGCCGAGCUGCAAAGGGUAAACGCGAUACCGACAGUGAAGAAGAGGAGGAUGAGUUCGACGAUGAGGAAAUUGAGUCGGAAUUCGAGGACGAAGUAGAACAAACGUUGCAGGAGACGAAGAAAAAAUGUCCGCCAAUAAGCCAGAUGGAAAGGGAACGGCAAGAGGAAUUGAAGGAGCUUGAAAACUAUGAGCAAGGGCUAAAGGAAAAGCGAAUCGAACAGCUGGAGGCUGCCAAUGAGGAGGAUGAUUUGAUCAUAAAGAAAUACGAAAAAUUGCUGAAGAUCAAUAGACGAAAGAACAAGCAGGGCGUUCCCAAGAGCUUUAAUGAUGGGUUGGAUUAUGCAUUGGAACUUUGCACGGACGAAAACAUAAGGAAAAUGUAUGAUGCAGCCAAAGAGGCCGCCCAUUUAGAUGAACAUUCGGAAGAUGAGUUUGCAGAUGAUGUACAGGAAGUUCUAGGAAAGAAAGUGAAGGGUGAAAAAAGGUCUAAGAAGCCCGAUGCAGUCAAAAAUGGGAAGAAGUCACGUCAAGAGAAGGAGAAGCAACGUAUGGAAAAUUUGAAGGAAAUCGAGAAAAAGUAUUUAGGAGAUGACGAAUUAGACAGUUUAGGUGGAUAUGACUCUGAAAUAGAAGCCGAUGUAGAUCAAAGUGCGGAAGAGGAUUAUUCGGAUAAUGAUGAGUUGUAUGAUUCAGAUAAAGAUGAAAUGGAUGAGUCAUUAGAUGAGGAUGAAGCAGAACAGGGAGCAGUCACGAAGAAAGGCAAAACUAAAAAGGUGACAUUCCAAAUGGAAGAUGUAUGUUCUAAAGCAAAAAAGGCAAAAAAAAUUGUAACUGAACCGGAGCCGGAGGAGGAUUCAGAAUUUGAUGAAGAUGUAUUUGGGGGCGAUGAUGAAGAUGAUGGCUUGGACGAUCUUAUCAAAGAAAGUGAUUCAGAUGACGAAAAUAAUGUUGAAGGUGAAAACAAGACAACUGUUGAGGAAGAUUGUGAAAAACCAGAAGUUUGGGAAGAUAUCUACGGUCGAAAGCGUGAUAAAGGAGGAAAUGUAAUCAAAGAAGAUUCGGGAAGUGGGAAGUAUGUUCCGCCACAUAUGAGAGCUCGCAUGGAAGCUGCAAGUGGCGGUGAUGCUAAACGCCAGGAGAAACUGAUGAGACUUAAGCGGCAACUUAAGGGACAGAUUAACCGACUGGCAGAAACUAACGUGCACCGAAUUUCUAUUGAGUUGGAUAAUUUGUACAUGCAAAAUGCUAGAUUCGAUAUGAAUAAUACCCUGACGAAUCUGAUUCUGGAAGCCAUAGUGUCUGCAAGCUUAUCACCGGAACGAAUGGUCUUGGAGCAUGUCCUUUUGGUGACGAUUCUGCAUGCUAACGUCGGCUCGGAGGUGGGUUCUCACUUUUUGGAAACGGUUGUAGAGCGGUUCAGCAGUCUUGCGAAACAAAUCGACUCCAUCGAUGUCGAGGAUAAGACUUUGGACAAUUGCAUUCUAAUUUUGUGUCAUCUGUACACGUUUCAAAUUUUCAAAAAUAAGCUUAUUUACGACGUUAUUGAUCAGUUGCUUCGAAAUAUUAAUGAAAAAGCGGUAGAAUGCGUUUUAUUGGUGUUAAAAUCUAUCGGCUUCGUGCUACGGAAGGAUGAUCCACUUGCGUUGAAGGAAAUGAUUCAGAAGGUGCAGAAGAAAGCAGCCGAAGCACCAACCGAGCUUAAAAAUGACUCGCGUGUGAAAUUCAUGUUAGAUACGCUCUUAGCGAUCAAAAACAACAACAUGAACAAAAUCCCUCAAUAUGAUCCAUCUUUAGUGGAGCACUUUCGUAAAAUUUUGAAGGGUAUGAUCACAAGCGGAAAAUAUGUCAGCACUCUUAAUAUAGGCUUGGAUGAUUUACUCAAUGUUGACGAGCGAGGUAAAUGGUGGUUAGUGGGAUCUGCUUGGCAUGGAAAGAAAGACAGCAAGGAUGUAGGUGCCACCGCCCCCUCAACCGGCGCAGUCGCUGGAGGGUUUAGUCAACAAUUGCUGGAAUUAGCACGAAAACAGCGAAUGAAUACCGAUGAUAAGCGGAAUGUUUUCUGUGCGAUUAUGAGUGCUGAGGACUAUCUGGAUGCGUUCGAUAAGAUUCUUCGUUUGACCAUCAAAGACCAACGAGUAGUGGCUACGGUAGUACUGCACUGCUGUUUAUCGGAGAAAGACUACAACCCAUAUUACAGUAUAUUGUCACAAAAGUUCUGUGAGUAUGAUCGUCGCUACCAGUUGGCUAUCCAAUACGCUAUCUGGGAUCGGUUGAAGGAAAUACAUUCGUUGAAGCAAGCUCCCUCCAGGAACUUGUCUAAAUUGUUAACUCAUUUAAUUAGUGAAGGAGGCUUAGCGCUGUCCGUACUGAAAGUGAUUGAAUUUGCCGAAAUCGAUAAGAUUACAUUGCGAGUAGUACGGCAGAUCAUGCUGGGCGUGCUACUAUUGGAAGAUGAGAAUAAGUGCUUGCAAGUGUUCAAUCGAAUUGCACCUAGCCAGAAGCUGAAAGCGUUCAAGGAUAGCUUGAGAUUGUUCUUGCACCAUUUUCUGCUGAAAGGAAGUGAUAAGUCGCGAGUUGCUGAGGUUCAACUCCAGUUGCUGCAGCAGCGAAUUCGGAUGGCCGACCGGAUGUUGGAUACGUCGGACUCGCGCGUGCAGUUCUAGGUAACAUAAGGUUAUCAAAAAUAAAGAAAUAAAAAAAUAUUUCUCCGAAA